AUGUUCUAGAUUCAUCCCGACACCACCAUGUCGAAGGUUUCUUUUAAGAUCACGCUGACGUCGGAUCCGCGGCUGCCGUACAAAGUACUCAGUGUUCCUGAAAGUACACCUUUCACAGCAGUCUUAAAGUUUGCAGCAGAAGAAUUUAAAGUUCCUGCUGCAACAAGUGCAAUUAUUACCAAUGAUGGAAUAGGAAUAAAUCCUGCACAGACUGCUGGAAAUGUUUUUCUAAAACAUGGUUCAGAACUGCGGAUUAUUCCUAGAGAUCGUGUUGGAAGUUGUUAAUAUCUGCUACUUGGAACAUACAAUUGCCUUUCAGAAUAAAUAUUGGUAUUUUUUGUUGUUGUAAAAAA